AUGACGGUAUUCACCAAAUUGUGCUUGAUUGCCACCUUGGCACUUUCAUUGGCAAACGCUCAACAAGAAUCAUCAUCAUCAUCAGCCUCUGCAGACGCACCAGCACCUUCAGCAUCCGCAUCUGCUGCUGCCCCUAGUGGUGGUGGUGGAUUCCAAUUCAAAGAAACCUAUCCCACAGAUGGCAGUGUGCCCACUCCCAAACCUGAAUGGAUGGAAUUGCUAAAGAACGCUAACAUCACUGAUGCACCUGUGCAAAAGAGCAAUGGUGAAAAUGGUCCUCAACAAUCUGGUAAUGGUGAUCCCUUCUGCGAUUGGACUUUCACGGGCUGUACAAGAGAGGAUGAUAUCACUGCUUGUCCCACUGGUCAAUGGGGUAUCACCUAUGAUGAUGGCCCUACUGAGUUCAGCCCACCCUUGUAUGAUUUCCUCCAAAAGAGUAAUCAGAAGGCUACUUUCUUUAUGAUCGGUGGACAAGUGCUAAAAUUCCCCAAAUACGUUGAGCGCAUCCAUAAUGAAGGCCAUGAAUUGGCCAUUCAUACAUGGUCUCAUUCCUACUUGACAACCCUUACAACGGAGCAAAUCGUUGCCGAGCUAAAGUACACUGAAUUGGCCAUCAAAGAGGUGACCGGUGUGUCGCCCCGUUUCUUCCGCCCUCCUUAUGGCGACAUUGACGACCGUGUACGUGGUAUUGCCAAGGCUCUCGGCUUCGUUCCUGUAAUCUGGAAUCACGACACUGACGAUUGGAUGAUUCAAGAAUCACAAGGUUUUAACCCACAAUGGAUUGAUGGCAAUGCCACAGAAUGGGCCAAGCAAAACACUACCCAAGGUGGUAUCUCACUUGAGCACGAUCUUUACAAGCAAACGGUUGAUGCUGCUAUCCGAAUUCUUCCUACGCUCCAGGACGCAUACAAGGUGACCACUGUAGGCGCUUGUGUUGGUCAACCAUCCUAUAAGGAAGGCAAUGCUACGUCACCUGCUGCAUCUGGUUCAUCUUCUGGUGCCGUUCCUUCCGCAAGUGGUGGAUCCAGCUCACCAUCGGAUGGAUCUCAAGCUGGUGAAGAAGGUGCUGCUGCUGUACACAUGGCUGGUACAACAGCUAUUGUGACGGCAAUGGCCUUUGGCGCUCUUUAUCUCAUUGCUUAA